GCCUCAGUUCACCGUCGUGAACUCUUCAACGCGUCCGUGAACACAGAGUGCGAUGUCAAAACGCACCGCUUCGCCAUUAGGAGUUCAUGGUUUGGCCUCAAUCUUCAAGGUCUUGUUGACCGUGAACUCGUCUCGCGGUAGUAACUGCAGAAUUCUCCUUGGACUCAUCGCGGUUCACUGUUUUGGGCUUCAGUUCACGGCCAUAGUGGACCGUGAACUCCCAUGGGAAACCGUGAUUUGCGCCUGGGUCACCCUCUUUGCCCGGUUUUUGCCUCUUUUCGUCCAACUUUCGACUCCGGGGCUGGUUUCACCAGUUGGAUCCUGAAACACACUAAAACGCACAAAACCUAGUGUAAAACCACACUUUUAGGAGUCCAAAUGCUACAAACAUCCAAGGGAAACGGGGAUAAAAUGUGUGCAAUUAGACCCGAAUCAGAUUAAAUGUAUGUGUAAAAGUUGGGAUCAUGUUUUCGAAAAUCUUCCUCUACUCAACUGUUAGGUUUCAAAUCCAGUGGAUUUCAUGUUUUGGUUUUAUUGAUUUCUACCAAAUUCUCUAAACUCGCCGCUAUGUCAAGACGUCCUAAUCGUGUACCCGAAUGGCUCUAGGUACGAUGUUUCGUUGAUUUGUUCUUUACACAAAAAAUGGUAACAUUAUAGCACAUCAGUUAAAUACAAAAAAAAAUAUUUUUAUAAGACAAACUUAAUUACAAUAAAUUAAUGUGGGUCAU